CUUCAGAGGGGCUGCUGCUGGUAGAAGGUAUCAGGAAAGGGUGUGUGCACUGCUCCGGCCAUGGAUGACUUCGCUACGCGCACAUAUGGCACCAGUGGCAUGGACAACAGACCUCUGUUCGGGGAGACAUCGGCCAGGGAUAGAAUCAUCAAUCUAGUGAUCGGUGGACUCGCGUCUUUACUCGUUCUGGUGACCAUCAUUAGCUCAUUUGUCUUCCCUUCACUGCCUCCCAAGCCAUUGAACAUUUUCUUUGCUGUCUGUAUCAUGCUAGUCUGCGGAUCAGUGUUGGUUCUGAUAUUCUGGUAUAGGCAGGGCGAUCUGGAGCCCAAGUUUCGCAACUUGAUCUACUACAUGCUCUGCUCCAUCGUUCUGCUGUGUAUCUGUGCCAACUUGUACUUUCAUGAUGUGGGACGUGAUAAACAGAGCAAUGCCUUAUAAUACUGUUACCACGGGAACCGUCCCAAUCAGCGGAAUGUUCAUCAUUAUGUGGGUGCUUUGGAACCCCAAUUGAGUUCUUGAAUCAGGAGAAUUCAUUUUCCUACAAGCCCCGUUUGUGUGGGCAGGGCCAGUCUGCCUUUGGGAGCCAUAUUAGUGGACAAAACACAUAAUAGAUGCAAACAUGCUAGCGAUCAGUAGCACUCUGGGAUGUCCACGCACACGUUUUGCACCCUGAAUGCUGUACACAGCUUAACCUAUAUGCCAAUGACAAGACUUUUGAAAAGUUUAUUGAAAUAAGCCAUGGCAAUGCGUAAUGUUUUUAUAUUUGUACAUGACACACCUAUGGUACAUUCCUAAUUAAGAUAUUCCUUAUUUUGUAUUUAAAUGAUCAGAAUCUUGAAUAGGAGCACUUGAUUAAAGACAUGCAGCAGUCACUGUAAAUCAUGUUUUUGUUCAUUUUUCUAAAUUACUGAACACUGUUAUUUGAUAUGGUGAAAACCUUAAAAUUUUGGUUAUAAACCGUUGUUAUUUGGAUUGUAUGUAAUUAAUAAAUACAUAUACACAAUA